GACUGCGCCGCCUCCAUCUGUAAGCCGGGCGAUACGGAGAGGAGUUGCACCGCAAGGCAUAUACUCAGGUUGUUCUGUCAGUUCGUUCCAUGGGCCCUUACCAGCUUUCUCGACCAACCGGUACGAAAUAAAUCUUCGCAACUAGCAGUCCGUGGGAAGAGUCCUCGACUUCUGAUCAAGCCGGUAUGUCAAGUCCGGUCUUGAAAAGACCGUUCGCCGAGACGUCCAGUGUAGGGAAUACGAGUGCAAACAAGAAGGCAAAGUUUGGUGAAGGACAUGUGGACGAAGUCGUGUCCUUGACGCAGAGGUUGGAAUCAAGAGUCGUCGCUGUCUUGCGUGUUCUGGAAGAUCGUGCUUUCAAGUAUCUUCGUGAAGACAAGGCCGAAUGCAAGAAUUCUGUCUGGAAUACGGAGAAGAGGAUUGGACAUCCGUGGAACACCGCGAUCGUUCGGGAAGCCGGGAAGAAUCUUGUGAAAGUCGAUGAUCUGGUCGAAGAAGUAUUCGGUGAGCAGUUCACGUCAGAAGAUAAGGAAACAUGCGAGAAAAUGGAUCUUGAUCGCGAUGAGGCGCUCGAGGAAGAGCAGAAAGCAAGGCGAGUUGCGAAGCUGCGCCGAAAAGCAGCAUAUAUUGAGAAGAAACAGAUGAUGUACGAGGUGAAACAAGCUCGCCAAACGGUUGCCACGAAAUCGCGCGAGGACAUUCGUGAGGAAGAAUUUGAGCAUGAUGAGCGACUGGCGACUGCGGAGCAUCAUGCCAACCUCGUAUUUCGCUUGGCGGAUUACUUGAGAACCGUGAAUACUGUUCAGCCAGAGCUCGUCAAGCGCAUUGAUGCCCUCGGAAGACGGGUGAAGUUAUGGAAGGAUGAGAUGAUAAGGAAUCCUACGCUAAAGAGUCCUCCGCCCUAUGUGCUCGAUCUAUCCGAGCUUGACCGAGCCGUCGACGAAAAUAUUGCCGCCAUGCUGAAAGACAUCGACGGUCUGGUAAUGGUAGCACCCCGAACAAUCUCUGAUCAAACUGCAAUGUUCAGGAAAUGGCCUGAUAAGCGUGGUAACGGGAAGUGGCGCGAGAUACCUGACGUGGCCGACCCCGCUUCAGCGAAGAAGAGGAAGAACAAAACCAUCUCAGCAAGUGCUGGUAUCCCUCUGUGGCAGCUGGAUAUGCAACACAAUAGGGGAAGGCUUGUCAAGCACCACGCGCUCCUCGGAUUGAGCCUCAGCAAUAUUUUAUCCGCGCGUUAUCCCGCUGGCUAUUGUGGAAAGUUCACGCAGCUUCGGGAGGCCAUUGAGGGUUGGGCACGCGAACUACAUACCGAUCCAAAUGUGCAAGUGCCAGCGUGGAUAUUGUCUCUGAAUGACAUCUGUCGAAUGACAGAUGACGUUCUCGUGCCGGCGACGAAGCUGAUGGAGGCUGCUCAUGGAGAAGAGCGCGCGUUCGUCAGGAGCUGGACGGAGUGGGGCAGUGAAGGCAAGUGGAUUGAAGUUGCGGAGAAGGCGAUGGAGGAUGAGAUGGAGGCGAAGAAAGCUGUCAAGCAAGCAGCUACGGAAAGGGCAAUGGCAAAGGCCUUGGCAAAAGUUGAGGAACUGCAAGCUGCGAGGCGGGCAGGCCAAGGUAAAGUUUGAGCCCGAUGGCGAAAAGAUAUAUUCCAACAGACCUGAAGCAUCUUGACGUCUUGAUGGACUACUUAGGCGACCGGCUCGACAAUCGCAAGGCUAAGAAAUACUCCAGCUAGUGGUGUUACACU